AUGAUACAGAUGCUGACCCUGCUGGAGACCAAGGUGAAGACCCAAGCCCUGGACGUUGACCACAAGGGGAGCCAAAACAUCUUUAAUUAUGCAUUCACKUAUUAUGGUGGCCUGUGUUUUGCAGAGACCUCUGUGGCCAGGAGAAACGUCCAGAUGAACUUUGACCUGGUGCUCCAGAACAUCCAGCAGUUGAACAUCCUGGCUGGGGAGGGAGAGUCCUUCGUCAGGGUCACGUCCAGAGGGGCACAGCUGGCCCAGCAGCACCUCAUUCCACUAAGACUCUACAGCAAUGGCAUCUUCAUGUUCAAUGGGCCCUUCCGCUCUUACCAGGAAGCCAGCACACAGCAGUGCAUGCAAGACCUGAUGGACGGAUACUUCCCUUCUGAGCUACAGGACAGGUUUGCAGAUGGGGUGCCCUUUCAGGUUCRCGACAGGCGAGAGGAGGAGUUCCAAGAGAGKCGACCGUGGGCGGAGUUCCCUGGGAUGGGGCAGGCUGUGGUUGGAUGCACAGAGGGGGAGAAAUCAACAGACAGCCUAGAACACGCGUACUGUGCCGUCUCCCAGAUACCCGGCAGAACACUGACAAUGGACCAAUUGCUGAACAGGCUGCCCAAGGUGUUGGUGAAGGCUGGUAGAGUGAUUGACAUCAGGGACUCAGUGAAAGCCAGUCUGCAGGCCCGUGAUGUCACCACACUGAGGGUGAAGUCAGAGGAGGUCGAGCACACCUACAUCAUGAAAAUGCACUUCUCAGRGACCAUAGGUCACCUGCACCAGUAUCUGGACAAGCACAGAUGGACUGAUGCCCCAGCAUAUGACACCAGUGUGUUCCCACAGCACUGGUACAGUGAGGACUCUCAGACACUCCUCUCCUGUGGGCUCACUCCCAAUGCUGCUCUGAACUAA